AUGGCGUGGACUGAACAGCCUGACGGCCCCUGGACCCGGCCAUUAGACUGCCAUGAUCGACUCUUCCAGUUUACGAGCGACCAGGGCAAGCCACUGAAUCGCGAGCACUGGCUGCUCGUGGGCACCGUGCGGAUGGAGCUGCCCCCUACUAAGCUUGACCCAGCGGAGGAGCUCUGCCAGGCGUGGAAACGACUACGUCUACAGCAUCCCGACAUUGCCCUCGAGCUGACCGAGGCGCGCGAGAAGCGCUACCUCCCCGUGAGCAGCCCCGAGGCCCUCAAUGCCUGGUGCGACGCGACCUUUCGCAUCGAGACCGACGUGCUGUCCGCCGACCAUCUCUUCACUGAUCGCCUGCGACGCGCCGCGCCGCAGGCCACCUGCCACUGGGUGCCGGCCAGCGGCGAGCUGGUGCUCGUGUCGCAGCACUGGCGCUGGGAUGGGUGCGGUCUCCUGAUGAUGCUCCACGAGCUGCUGGCCCAGCUGGAGCAGCCCACGCCAACCCCAGAGCUCGACGGCCGCGAGGCAGGCCGACUAGUCCCAUCCCUCGACGUCGUCCUGGGCAUGCCAGACACAAAGCCCAUCUGGGAGAAACAGGCCGGCGAGAUGCUGGCCCCCUUUCUCUCGGGGAUGCCAUCCAUAGGGCUGCGAGAACCGGGCCGCACUGAUACACCGGCGCCAGCGAAGACGAUCCGCGUCGAGCAUGUCGUCUCGUCGAGUCUCACAGCGUCCCUUCGACGUGCUGCACGCUCGCAGCACCAAAUAACAGUAACCAGUGCGGUGCACGCGGCCGCCAUCGCCGCGACGGUGCGCGCCAACCCAAGCUCGCCGCCAGCCACGCGCUUCACGUCGUGGGCCAUGUUCGAUCUUCGAAAACACUGUCCGCCGCCGUUUGACGGGCCUUUGCACGCGCCGUCCCUGCGCACGCUGGGCAUCCCCAUCAGCCUCGAUGCGCACGCCGCCUGGCCCGACCUGGCACACGCCCUGCAAGCCGUGUACCAUCAGCCCUGGACACCGCCCGCCAGCGACCUGGUCUUCGUGCGCGUCCCCUUGGUCGACAAGGCGCUCGAAAUGCUCGCGCAAGACCACCAAGACAUGCCGCCGCCGUCGGAACCGAGCAUUAGCAGCCUCGGCAUCCUCGACCGCUACGUGCGCUCCCGGUACGCCGGCAACAUUAAGGUCACGAACGUCUCGGUGGCCGUGCAUCAGCUCUCGCAGCAGUUACAGAAAAAUGCCACCCACUUGGCAUUUGCGCACGAGGCCGAGCUUCAGGGUAUUAAUCAUCGCGAGGGGCAGGAGAAGAAUGGUGAAAUCGAUGAUGGUAUUGGUAACCUCCAGACCCAGGCAGACGCGACCGCUGGCGAGGCAGUAUUCGACGGAGCCCAUGGCAUCCCAGAGCAUGUGGAUAGGGCGGCAUUGAAAGACACUGAGGAAGAUAAACACGAAGAACCAGAGAACCGAGAGCGCCAUGGCGAAAUAUCUGUAGCACUGGAACACGACGGAGAUGGCGAACAGGCUGUGGAAGAAGGCGAGGAUCGAGAGUUUGAUGAAGGUGAUGCAGUGUAG